AUGUCGUCUUCGAGCGAAGCCAGCCCGCGGGGACUGCCGGUGGACGAGAUUGCGCUUGUGACACGAGAAGCGCAACGGCACGGCCUCUUUGCUGGGGUAACUGCGGGCCUCGUCAGCGCCAUCAUUGGCACAAGGCUCCUUCGCCUCAACAGAAACGCCACGAUUCUCUGUGGUGUAGUCACCGCAGUUGGUGCGAGCUACCAAUUUACACAAGGUUUCCUUGCCGCAAACAUGGCAGGGCUUGAAAAGGCUAGGCGCGACAAGCUCGCCGCCGAGCAGAACCCACUACCGUUUGAGUCUGGCUGA